UUUUUUUAGUUUUAACAAAGGUUCCGAGAACAAUGACAACAAAAUGGAACUCCGGACUCUUCAGCUGUUGUGAUGACAUGCUUUCCUGCUGCUAUGGUUUCUGGUGCUGCCCCUGCCUCGCCUGCAGCGUUGCAGGAGACUUUAAAGAAAACCGCUGCCUUCCUUUGUGUGACAUAUGCAGUCCUGCUCUCAUGUCAGCCUUUGGGAUACCUUUGUGUGUGCCUCCUGCAGGCUUAGCUUUGAGGGUCGCCAUUCGAAAUCGAUAUGGAAUACAGGGUUCACUCUGUAAGGAUAUUGCCACUUCCUGCAUCUGUGUGUGGUGCAACUGGUGCCAAAUGCACCGAGAACUAAGAUAUCAAAGUGGCCAUGCACCCGUCAACCUUCAGCCGCGAUAAAGAGAAGCUGUAAUUUCCCUUUUACCUUCCUUUUUUUUGUGGUUUAUGGUGACAUUUUGUCUUUUUUAUUAUUAUGGUACUGUUUAACAAACACCUACGACUACAACUUGAUUAAGACCUUAUUUUAUUAAGUAGCUUUUAGGUUUGUUAUGGAUCAUAUUUCUGAAUUUUGUUUUGUUAAUAUCCAAACAUGCUUGGUUUAUAUUUAAUCUCUGUAAUCCCAUGACAAAGAUGGUUAUGUUUUACAUCACUUCCAAUGUGCAUUAAGUGUUUGUAUGUUUUCAGAAAUGAUUUAAUGUAAAAUUGAACAAAAUAAAAGUAAUAAAGGAUGUUCAUGUGUGAAUGUAA